GCAUAGCGCACCGGUUGGGCCUUCAUUCGCGAACGAAAGGGGCUCCCGGACGCAAUUCCGAGAGUGGCCCUCGCUACAGGGUCGGCUUCAGAACAUUUUCCACAAAAAACUUGAAAAACCGGAAAAUCCAGAUUUUUCGUAUCGGGGGCUGUGAUUGAAGACAGGGUCGUUUGGGAGAUUUCGGGGGGAUGGAAGCGGUGAAUGGGCUGUUGGGGGAUGGGGAUAAAGGGGUGGCGCAGCCCCCUAGUCCCCUUACAGGGUGUUACUUGCUGAUCGUCAUCGGGGAGCCGUAUACCGAGCAGCACAAGGAAAUAAUCCUGCAGAGGAUUGCGAAAGGACUCCUUUCUUGGGAUGCUAAUGACUGCUUGGUGGAUUUAGAAAAGGAAUUAGCCAUUAUAACGGAGCAACGGUUGGAGGGCGAAGAAGCUAGAUAUGGAGAGCGUCUGAUCCAAUUCGCAUCAGAAAACCUCGUCACAGAAAUCUUGAUCCACCCUGUGGUGAGUACUUUGGUGCAGUGUAUGCGAAACCUGCUGAGCAGCUUCACCAGACAUAGGCACAUCAUCCAUGCUGGCUACACUUUCGCUGCCAACGGGUCGUGGGCCUUGCAGGAUGGCACAUUCUCGUAUGCGGACUUCUCCGAGGCCUUCCAAGAGAUGGACGUCCAACGUGUCAUCCACGCGUACGACAUGGGCAUCUCGUUGGACAUACACUGCUCGCCGGAAGGCGAGUGGCCCAGGAUGCCCAAGGAACCUUACGCCAAAGCCUGCAAGGCUCGCAUCAACCCCGCCGACGUGCUAGGCUCAGGCUCGGCGGACAUCCGAGCCUUCGUCGAUUAUCUGGCGAGGUUUCUGAGGCCCGCUGCGCUGGAAGGUUUGCUGGCUAGUUCGGACGUGGUGGGAAAUAUCAGGUUCUCCAGGCCGACGUUGUAUGUUUUUCCAGGCGGUCAAGGAGAUGCUGCCCUGUUUGGAAUAAAUGGCUUCAAUAUGCUCCUGGACGGAGGGUUUUCACGAAAAGCCUGCUUUUGGGAUUUCGUGAGACAUUUAGAUAGAUUAGAUGCUGUGCUGUUGACAAGACUGAAUAAUAGUAAUGUAGGUGGAAUUAGUUCAAUACUGAGGAGGAAGAAGCAAGACGUGGUCUACCCACAAAUAGGACAUUUCUUUUGUAAUAUUCAGGAAAGAAGAACUCUACCAAGCCCGGAUGGUGACAAAGACAAGGAUCCCCUACUCAUCAACCUACUGGAAGAAGGUCAUGAAAUCAUAUCGAACCUCCGCUACUUGAACCUGAAUCCUCAAGUCUGCUAUAGAGACACCGACCCGAUUAACCUAUACCACAAAGUGGGCCACGGAACCUUAGAUAUGUACGUCCUCAGCCCUAGCAAAGACGCCAAAGAAGUCAGAGAGUUCCUGCAGAAAUGGAACCAGAGCGACCAGAAGCUCUUUGCUAAAUCCAGCAAAGAAUUGAGCUUUCCUACCCAAAAUCUGGUUUCCAUUGCCGCUUUGCUGAUCUGGCAACCUGCCAAUCCUGAUGAUACCAUCACCAGGAUCUUGUUUCCGGGAAGUAGCCCCCAGAGCAAAGUUUUCGAAGGACUGGAUAAGCUGCGGAGCUUGGAUUGUAUCAAACACGCUACUUGUAGCAGCAGAUCUCUGCAACCUGUUUCACUACACAAAAAAAACGCUAAAGACGUCAUAAUCGAAAAGGUGGCUCCUAAAGAAAAGAUGCAGGUGAAAGAGAUCAAGACCAUCGAGAAUAAUAUCAUUAAUGGUAACCAUGGGGAAGUUAAGAAUAAGACCGUUAAGAAAUCGGAUUCGACGGAGAGUGAUCGUAGCAUCAAGGCUAAAAAGGAGGAGAAUAAAAUCAUCGAGAAUGGUGAUAAGCUGAAGCCGAAGAUCAAGCCAAAGGUGAGAGGUGAAUCUCAACAAAGAAAGAAACCCCCAGAGAAAAAAGCCUCUCCAACAACACCAAAGAAAACAGAUACCGUAGAAGCAAAGAAACCUGCCAAACCGUCCCCUCUAAGUACUCCAGCAAAAAGUAUGAAAGAUGCCAACAACAGAAAAGUCGUAGAAAGCAAAGUCAAGCGCGAAGCUAGUACUAAACCUGCCCCUCCAAAACCUAAAGUAGAAAAGAAACCGAUAGCAAGAAAACCUACUGCCAAAAAAGCCCCAAUAAGUCCAGCCAAAAAGAUAGUGAAUGGUAUCCAAAAACCUGAUAGUAUCUCUAGAAAAGGUAAGCUGGACAAGGAAGGUACUACAGACUCGAGUACUGUGAGCACUCCAUCAGUAGAUCAGGAAAGUGUCCUGAAAAAAGACAUAUCCAAACUUUCACAGGAAGAUAUUCAAAAACUGAAAGCACAGGAACUAGCAGAUCUGAAAGAGGAACAAGAAGCUGUGAAAGAAAUAGAAGCUGUAUUCAGAAAAGGUGAAACCAAACCUAAACAAGCUCACGAUCUACGAGAAGUUCAAGAUACUUCCAUUGAAAAGGAAGAAUACAUCAUCAUAGAAAAAGAAGUGAUCGAACAAGAUUCCCUCGGACAAGAAACCAAAGAAGAUGAAACUCAAAAGUUAGCCAGAGAUAGUGAGGAAUCAGAAAAACAAAGAAAACUCAGUUCCGAACAAAUUCAAGCUAACGGUAUAACAGACCAUCCCGAAGCUACACUCAAAACCAAAGAUAUACUUAGCCCUGAAGAUAAACAGGACAUUUCCUCUGAUAAAAAAACCACUGAUAAAGAUAUCGAAGAAGAAAACAAGGACGUGGUAGAGUCUCAUCCGGACGAGAAAAUCUCAGCCAACAUAAAAUCAGGCGACACCACUACAGCUCCAACUCUUCCAGAAGACGAACGCAUACCCCUGGAUGAAAUCAACCCCUUGGAUGAAAUCAAAGAAGACAAUGGACAAAUGAUCGAGGAAAAACAUGUCAAGGAAGAAACCAAAGAAAAGGGACUGCCCGUGAUACAACUACCCCAGAAAACAUUCGAGAGUGUACCGAAAAUCCCAAUCGUAGUAGGCAUCAGAUUAGACAAGCAGCAGCACAUCAGAGACAUUGUGAAAACUCCGGAUGAAGUAGCAGAUCUUCCUGUUCAUGAGGAAGUCGACUAUGAGUACACUCACGAACUCAAAAUUGAGCCUACCAAGUCCAAUGAAGUUGUGGAAACGAAGCUAGAACAACAUCAACACAACAAGGAGCAACAAAAGGAAGAAGAGCAGGAAAAAGACAAAGAUGAAGCUAAAGAACCUUCUGUCGUCCAAAAAGAACUCAAGAGUCUGACCGAUACUGUCCUCGAAAAUGAAACUGUACUUGAAAAGGAUAUUUUGAAAGAGUCAGAGAAGGUGUCACCCGAAGUCAAAGAUGAGGACCAUAAAAAAGUUGUAGAUGAAGACGGUACUGAAAAACCUAUGAGCGAACCAAAGUCUGAAGUCUCAGUAGAAGAAGAGGAAAAAUCGGAACCCGAGAUGAUCGAAGAAAUCAUGAAGCAUGAAAAAGUUCAACAGGAGGCAGUAGAAGAAGAUAAGCGGAAUAUUGCUGAAGAGAACUUGUCCAAGGAGGUUGAAUCGAAAUCUGAUGUGAAAGACAAAGACCCUGAAACACAUAUUACAGAUGUGACCAAACAUGCAAUGCCUGUAGAAGAUAUCGCUGGAAGAAUUGAAGUUGAACUUGAGAAGGAUACACAAAAAACUGCGCUUGAAGGUGUUGUAGUAGAUCGUGAAUCACAUGAG